UUGAAUAAAUAAAUGAAGAAUCGGUUUGGAAGUAAAAGAUUCUUGCAGUUUCUCCAGCCCCUAAGUACUGAAAAACUAAUAAAAAACUUAUUUCAUCGAUGCUGUAUGUAUGCAAAGCUUAAAAGGUAUGUGAGAUUUAAAAAAAAAAUGCGCACUUGCUGUCAAAACAGAUAUCUAGCCUGGAGUAAUGUUCCUGUUUGCCUAUAAAGAAUGUCUAAGGAGGAAGUGAACAAUCAGAUGUGUUCAAUCAAAUGCUGCUAGAUAAGUCAUUUAUCUUCGAGGUUGAGGUUAGGACCGCAAGCUUCAAUGAGUUUGAACCUUUUUACAAUGUUAAUGACAUAUGCUUUAAUGACCGGGUCAUUGCAAAAUUUAAGGAGUUGCACUCUACAUUUUUCUCUCCUCAGACUGAUAAGACCAUCGGAUAUUCAACUGAUAGGAAGACUAACACACAAGUGAUUUCAGUUGACAAGGCCUCUUCUUGCAUAAAGAAUUUAAUAGUGGAUUUUGUGGAAUCUCAAGAAAGUCGUCUAACACAAUCGGGAGAUGAUGUGGUCAAUCUUACUCCCAUGAAAAGAAUGCAAGGCGAGUCAUCUAACAUUGGAGAUGGAGAUGAGUCCGUCCACAAGAUGAGGAGUAUUAAGAUUGAAAAAAAUUAAUCGUCAUUAUUAUUUGGUCGUUGGAGUAUAAUGAAAUACUUUAAGUUUUUUUUAAUACUUGAUGAAUUAUGGUAAACUUUGAUAAUAAAUUGUGUUUGUUGGU